AUGUUGCGAUAUAACCAUACCUCUCGUCCCGGCGUGUAUCCAUUUGGCUAUGAGCACCGAGUGAAUGAAAUGGUGAAUGGUGGCUCUGCCUUUGACGAGUUGGCCGGAAGAUCUGCAAUUAUGGCACAGGAUGGACUGGGCGAACCUGACAUGGAGAGCGAGAUGCGAAUCUUCGUAGCGCUUUAUGAUUAUGAUCCUGCCACGAUGUCGCCAAACCCGGAUGCCCUUCAGGAGGAAUUGCCUUUUCGCGAAGGCCAGCUUAUCAAAGUAUGUUGUUAUCAGGACAUCUUUAAGCUUAAUCUGUUUUUGUUAACAUCGACAUCCUAG